CCCUCCCCCUUGUCCUUCAAUAAAGCAUCUACUGAAGCUGCUCCAACCUCAGUUACUCCACUAGAAGCCAAGAACCGGUCACAGGAACAGGAUCUGAGCUGGUGGUGUGGACAAGAUGGCAACUGACUACAUGGCUCUGCAUAUCUUCACAAUGGUGGUGCAAGGAAUCACCUGUGUCCUCAGCAUCCUAGGCAAUGGGCUUGUGAUCUGGGUGUCUGGAUUCCGGAUGGCAAUCACAGUCACCACCUUGUGCUAUCUGAACCUGGCCUUAGCCGACUUCCUUUUUGCUGCCACUCUGCCAUUCCUCAUAGUUGUAAGUGCCAGGGAAGGACAAUGGCCUUUUGGCUGGCUCAUGUGCAAGUUAAUUAACUUCUUGGGGGAAACAAACCUGUUGGCAAGUGUGUUCUUCACUGCCUUCAUUGCUCUGGACCGCUGUAUUUGUGUCUUGUGUCCAGUUUGGGCCCAGAACCACCGCACUGUAAGUCUGGCUAUGAAAGCGAUUACUGUACCUUGGAUUCUUGCAGCAGUCCUUAAUUUGCCAGUUUUCAUCCUCUUUACUACACAAAAGGAUGAAGAAAAUAAUGUAUACUGCGGUUUUAACCUUGAAAUCUGGGGGAACAUCACUGAAGAAGAGAAGAUACACAGGUUGUUCACCUCAGUAAAAACCAUGGGGAUCAGCCGCUUUGUCGUUGGCUUCACAUUUCCAAUGUCCAUCAUUGCUAUCUGCUACAGUCUCGUUGCUGUGAAAAUCUGCAAAAAAGGCAUGACUAGUUCCAGCCGUCCCUUCUGGGUCCUCAGUGCUAUUGUGGCCACCUUCUUCAUUUGCUGGUUCCCCUGUCAACUGUGUCUUCUUCUGUUUGCAGUCUGGACCAAAGAGAUACUGUUUGAAGGGAAGUACAAAAUCCUUCUUUAUCUAAGAGUCCUAACAGGUCUCCUAGCCUUCUUCAACAGCAGUAUCAACCCAACACUCUACGUCUUCCAGGGAAAGGACUUUCAAAAGAGAGUGAUCCACUCCCUGCCAGCCAGCCUGGUCAGGGCCCUAACCAAGGACUCAGCCCCAACCAGUGACACAACAACCAAAUCUGUUUCACUUCCUACAGAGGCCAAUUUGUAGGAGAUGGCAGGUGAUUGGGUGCAUUAUUGCACUCUGCCAGCUUCUACCCUGCUCUCGUUUCCAGCUUCAU